GUUUUACCUACAGUCUGAGUCCACCGACAAGAGACAUCCCCUGAAGAGCAGAUGAAUAUAAAUGCAAAGCGAGAACAAACAACGAAGUUAUUUCGACAUACUGUAAACGUCAAACAACCAUGGACGUAGAGGCCAGGAGAAUUAUGGCUCUGUCCAUUAGUAAACUGUAUUCGUCAAGGACCCAACGCGGGGGCUUGAGACUCCACCGGAGUCUCCUGCUCUCCAUGACCAUGAGGGCCGCCCGGGACAUCUACCACGCCGCCGUGGAGCAGGAACAGGUCGUUCCGUGCGCCCCGGAGGAGCCCAUGGACACUAAAGAGCAAGACACUGUCAACGACUCUCUGAAGGAGGUGAACACUCGUGAACCCAAAGACAAUUUGGAAGAGGACAAAGAGAACCAAGACUCUAAAUCCAGGAAGCGCCGUGUUAAGACGGCAAUCGAGCCUGACUUUUUGCCUCCGAAGAAGGCGAGAAUGGACACAGACGAGGAGAGGCAAGAGGUUUUAAAACCGAAUAAUGGAAACGGCUGUCGCCAAACUGAAACGCUGACAGCGUUCCCGACAAAUAGAGCCAUCGUGGCGUGUUGAACAAGACGCGCUUUGGACUAUACGCGAUGUCCCUUGGUGGGAUUUUUCUGAACAAGCUGGUUGGUUCAAACUGACCGGCUAUGGCAGUCCGGACGGAGCGCGGCGCUCCGGUAUCAGCAUGGCACAGCUCGCCGUGUGACCGAGGAGCGCGCAAGACGCGCGGGGAUAAAGAACAGAGGAACCGCCGACCGCUCACCGGAGCUUCUUCGUCGUUCCUGAUGACUCUUACAGCAGCUGUUGACUCACAUUUGAGUUGAACCUGUGGUUAGGAGAGACUUGUCUUCUCUCCUUCAGUUUAUGAACUCUAAUGAAAACAUAUGAACUGCUCUAACUCGCAUCUUUUUAUGUUUUAAAGUUUAAAGUUGUGAUGUUAAGACAUCUUUGCCAACAUGUGUUAAAUUCACAAUUGCUCUGAUCAAUUGCACAUACGUGUGUUAUGAUGAAUUGAUCAUUCUAAAAAGGACACAAUGGACUGAAGCUGUUUGUGUUUGUUGGCAAUUAAACAUAUUUUAAAAUCA